UUCAAUUGCUUUCUCUUGAUGCCUGUUGUGGAUAAGUUGCCCGCACUCCUAAGAGAAGACUUGAAAUCUGCCUUUGAAGAUGAUUUGGAUAAUAUAUUUGACAUCACGAACCUGCGAAACAUAUUGGGCCAGCGAAAGCGAGACAUAGAAGUUGAGCUCAAAAGGAUCAAGAGGCUUAAGGAUAAAUUCAGAUCACUACAUGAGCAGCUGAGUUCUCUUAGACGCAAUGCUAAUGCCUUUUCUGGCUCCUGUUGAGUGCUUCGGUCGAACUUAUUCAUACGAGGAAGUAAAAAAUGUGCGCUGAAAAAUGGUAAGGUUUCCCUUGUAGCAUGUUCAUAUGUAAGUAAGCAUUAAUGACAUGAUUAGAUUUAGAAGUGAAACCGAAAAUCUUACAUGUUUGAGUGGACAAAUUUGUGUCUACAUAUAUAUAUGGCAUACCAUUGAUUGGAUUAGUUUCAGACCACUUAAUCCAUCCCUAG